AUGGAUGAAAAAACCAGAGAAACAGGCACUGCAGUUACAUAUGAUAACUCAUUCUUUUCAGCCCGUGGAUCAUUACAGGAUGAUCCAUUUGCAUCAGAUUUCGAAAAUGCCGAUGAUGAUCAAAAUCAAUAUUUUAAUGAAAACGAUUCCGAUGAAUGA